AUGGAUGCUGUAGACAUUGUACUGGACUAUGCUCUGUUUCUAACGUUGAACCCAGGAAGUGGUUUGCAGUCAUCUCAUGAAAUUCUGCAGUUGCCAUUGCAAGCUGCCUGGAGUACAGAGAAUACCACAAGAAGCUGGGUCACAGAAAACCUGGUAUUUGGGAGAAUAUUGAAUAUGCUACAAGAAAGGCGCCUUUACAAGAGAAAUACCUUUAACUACAGCUGUGCAGGUGAUGAAUACUGGGACAAGACAAAGAGACAUUGCUGUAAGAAGUGUGAGCCAGGUAAUUACAAAGAGUCACCAUGCAACAGUCCAGGCACUGCUUCUAUAUGCAAACCCUGUGGCAAAGGCACUUUCCUGGCACACAAGAAUGACAUGACUUCCUGUUCAAGAUGCACUUUAUGUGAUGAUGGAGUGCAUCAAAUUGAGAUUGAAGAAUGCAGACCGGAACAUGACAGACAAUGUGGAUGUGGGCCUGGGAAUUACAAGGUCUGUUUUGGCAAAUGUGACACAUUUCAUUGUAAACCUUGCAGUGAGUGCAAAACUGGGAAAGUGAUCAAGGAAUGUGCUCAGACAGGAGAUGCCAUAUGUAAUGAAGGAUGCUAUAUUGUAUCAAAUAUGGACAAAGUGUGCAAGAACUGUUCUGAGUAA